GGCACCAUAUGAAACCCUAAUCAACACGCCCUUUUUAUCUUCUUCGCCAACAAACCCUAGUCCAGCUUCAGCAAACCCCGACCUCAAGCGGCAGAUCCUUAGCAUCUCUGCAUAUCGACAAUGGUGACCGCUGGGAAGAAGACGAAGAAGACACAUGAGAGCAUAAACAACAGGUUAGCUCUGGUCAUGAAGAGCGGUAAGUUUACACUUGGGUACAAAACAGUUCUCAAGACCCUCAGGAACUCCAAAGGUAAGCUUGUAUUGAUAUCCAACAAUUGCCCACCUCUGAGGAAGUCUGAGAUCGAGUACUAUGCUAUGCUUGCUAAGGUUGGAGUUCAUCAUUACAAUGGAAACAAUGUUGACCUUGGGACAGCCUGUGGAAAGUAUUUCCGUGUGUCCUGCCUUAGCAUUGUUGAUCCAGGUGAUUCAGACAUCAUCAAGACUCUGCCUGGAGACCAAUAAAAGAUUUACUUAGUUGUGCUAAAACACCUACUCUCCAGGAUUAUGUUAAACACCCGUCCUCUUUGUUUUGCGCUUGUUUUCUUUGAGUUUGAGUCUGAUACUACUGGAUUACAUAUUAAUCGGAGUUAUAUUUUUCAUUCUGUCCUUGACUCCAAUUGGUUGAUUUAUAUUUUAUUUUCUGGAACUCUGAAUGGGUUAGAUUAAAAUUUUCAGUGAACAUGUUACAUUGCUAAUUUUGUGGUGAACCAUCACUUCACAGUUCACAUCUUCUAUACGAAGUUUGUACUACGUAUAAUGCAAUUUGAGUGAUAGACAAGCUUAUGAGAACGAAUAGUCACU